AUGAUGGGAGGAUACCGCUGCAUCUGCCCGGCUGGAUUUCGAGGCUACGACUGCCAGCUUCCACUUUCCCUCUGCCUCAGGUCUUCACUCGUCAUCGGCGCAAAGAACUCCUCGCGACACCAUUCGCCGUCGUCCAGCCUCGGGUUGUCAGUCUCAGCAACAGGUGCCUCGUCCCAUCUUGCCUCGCCAUGCGCCAACGGCGGCGUCUGCCGUGACCAAGCAGACAGGUUCGUCUGCAUGUGCCCGUCCGGUUGGCGUGGUACCACCUGCGAGGAGAAUGUGAAUGAAUGCGCGGAGGCCGGUAGAGCAUUGGCUCGUUCGCUUAAAUCGGCCACUUUCUUGGCGUCACCGUCGGAAUCGGCAAUUCGGAAACGGUCAGCAAUGGCUCUUUCCUACAGAAAGCCAUCUUCUACUGCGAUAAAACACGACCUCAACCGUCCGGCUCGGGACUCAGUUGCUGAUGCGGUCAGGACCAGUCUCCGGCCCGACGACAGGUACCGCAGAGGACUCGAGCACGAGGUGCCCUACCAACGGAAAGACGCCAGUUUUGUCGAGCCGUUGUGUAGGAACGGAGCAGCCUGCCGUGAUCUGCCCGGGAGUUACGAGUGCCUCUGUCUGCCCGGAUUUGUGGGGCGACAUUGCGAAAUUACGCAAGAUCGGUCCGUUGUACAUUCGACUCCGGAUGGAGGCGACAGCCCCACGCCUCCAACUGGCCUGAAGAAGCAAUUGGAGCCCUCGUGGAGGCGGACAAAGUCGAGGAGUGGGCCAGAAAAAGAUGCGAAUAUUGCAGGAAUUCCCAGCCUUUCGGCUCAAGCCAGCUCGAGUCCCCAGAACACCAGUCUGCGGGUACAUACUGAGCUUUUAUUCAAAUAUUUCUGA